GCAGUGUGAUCUUGUCCGACGUGAUCAACAAACCGGACUAGUUGUGUCUGACUCCCGAACCUCUUGCUUUAAUGCUUUUCACUUGGCUCCACAUUUGGAACAAACAUCUACUCAGACACAAGGAUGAACUCAAAAGAAUUUAUUGUCACAAAAACAUUUUUGGCCAUCAUUGGGGGCUUCAAAAGCCUAUUACUGCAAUUUCACACAAACAUCUAAUCAGAUCAAAUUAUUACCUAAAGCAUUAGACAUGUCAACCAUCUUUGAGGAACACCAUUUGUGCCACGACAGCAGUCGGCUCUCCUCUGAGCAGUUUUGCAAUGCUGAACGCAUUUACAUCCGGGACAAGAACACGUUCAUUUUCAACAAAGUCCUGGUGGGGCAAACAGCCCAGGCCCGCUUCAAAAUAACCAACAACAGCAAGGUGCCCUGUGUGCUCAGCUUGGCAAUUAAGUACAUUGGCUCUAAGACUUCUCGAAUUGCGGAUGUUUUUAAUUUGUCUGCUGCAACGCUGAGCAUCCCCAGGCAGUCACACUUAUUCGCUGUGGUCACCUUCACACCCCAGACGAUGUUGUGCUACAACGCUGUGUUUGAGGCCACAAUGGAGGUAACCAGCAGAAUGACACCCACAUUCAAGAAUAAGGUGCUGGAGUUCAACCUCAGGGGCGAGGGCAGUCUGCCCAGUGUAUGUGUGGUGCGUCCCGCUCUGAGGAACAGCAGAGGACGCCAAAUGCUUCAGUUCAGACGUGUGUUGGUAGGGCGUCGCAAAACACGGCCUCUGGUGCUGCUAAAUGACGGCAAUGCUCAGGUCCAGAUAGAUAUGUUGGAUUAACAUGGAGUGUUCACCCUCAAAGCGGCACCUGGCAACACAAGCAGCUUCAUCCACUCCACGCAGAUCGAGGCCUCCAAUGACUCAGGGCAUCAGCCGGUGCAACGAGUCAUGCUGAGCCUGAAUGUUCACCAGCAGGUGGAGUUUGAGGUCAGCUUCUGCUCUGACAAGCCUUUGAGUGUCAAGGCUAAGCUCUCACUGCAGGUAGAGGACAACCAGUACGGAAACACCAUGGGCCAGUUGUUCAAAGGAGCUCCAGAAUCGCAAGUAAAGAGAUAGAGGACACCUCAUAGGAAUUACAUUGGUGCCGUGACCCGGAUGAUGACUACGCCGGACCGGGCAGGUGUCUUCUCUCCGCUGCAUCAACUUGGAGCUGAGGUCCUUUGGUUUUGAAUGUCGGUCUCAUUUAGCUAAUAACUGCCAUAUUUCCUUAGGACUGAGUGGGUAUUUUGAUAGCAGGUAUGAGUUUUAAUGUCUUUGGUACAUCUGGCAUGACUCCUCUCAGUUUUGGCAGGGGGAGGGGGCUGCACAUCACACCGGUUCCCUUUUCAUUAGCUGACCAACAAGUCGGAGAUAGGACAGCUUUUGGUGAGGAUUUGGUACACAGUCCUUUCAGACGUGGGGGGGUAGUGACACCUCAGAAUCAGCCUACAGUUGAGUUACCUCCACCACAGUGCGCUAGUACAUCAGUUCCAGACCCUCUCUCGGAUAGUGGGAGAGUAGUUGACCAGAUGAGCACCAUUGUGCAACAGAUAGGGCAGCAGCUAGCUGAGAGCAUUAUGUCACAUCUCGACACGUCAAGACCCGCAGCCUCUGUACAUUCAAGUCAUGAGGAAACGACCCAACCAAAAGACUCCAGCCGCACACUGGAUCUUUCCCAAGUGCAGCUUGUAACUCAGAGAGGAGUCAAGGAUCCACCUGUAUUUCGAGGGGAGACUUCAGAUACACUAUCUGUCGACGAAUGGGAGGAUUCAAUGAAAAAUUACAUCAGAAAGAGUGGCAUUCGGGUUGAAAAUCAGGCUGAGGAAAUUCUCAUGCACCUAAGAGGCAGAGCCAAGGACGUUGUGAGAUUUGGAAUAAGAAACGGUGAAGUUGAUGUCCAACAUAACCCACAGGCCAUCUACGGGCUCCUUUGUAGACACUUCAGUACGAGCCAUUGCUCUUCUGUGCCAUUGGCUGACUUUUACUCCACCAUACCGAAACAACAGGAAGAUCCAUAUGAGUAUUGGCUUAGACUGAACCGAGCCGCUGAUGUUGCUGCAAGUUGUCUUGAGGAGCAGGGAAAGAUGUUUGACGGCCCCAGCAUUGAAGUCACACGGAUGUUCAUUAGACACUGCCCCAGUAAAGAUCUAGCACUUACUUUUAGGUCCAAGACAAUUGAUAGAUGGUCAGCUCGUGAGGUUCAGGAAGUGUUAGAUGAAUACCAUCUGGAGAAGGGAUUUAGGUCUUCUGCAGAGGGGGUUAGCAGAAUCGACAUAAAUAGAGUUGAGGUUGGCAAUAUUGUAACUUCAGUCCCAGACAUUCCUGGACAGAAGACGGCUGUGGAUCAAGAGAACUCUACUCUGGAGAGGUUAGUUGGAAUGCUAGAGAAGGUGUUGCUCCAGGGCCCGGGUUAUACUCAGGUCAACAAAAAGCCACAUUCCAGCAACAGACUCCCGAAAGUUGAGGGGUUAAAUGAGAUACCGUGUUCCAUAUGUAAUGACGCUUCUCACUCUGCCCUCACCCAUUGCCGAGAGAACAGGCUCUGUUUCCUGUGUCACUUACCUGGCCAUCCAAGACGCACCUGCCUGGAAGGAAGACGUCAUUCUGGGAAUGGUCAGCAGGGAAACUAAAUGAUCUGUGUGCAGGGGAGGACAGCGCAGAUCGAGUGAGUGAACCUCCCACCUUGGAUUUGACAGACAUUGAUGAUUACGAAACAUUGUGCCACACCUACCGUAAUGUAGUUGCAUCUCAAAAAACACUAAUUGUGCAACGCUUGCAAAGACUCUCGAAGACUGAUAGUCUAUUCUACACAGAUGUGACAGCUGAUGGUGGACAUACUCUCAGAGCAUUGAUAGAUAGUGGAUCUAUGGCAUGCACUAUAAGCGAGACAGCCGCCGCAAAACUUUCACAGUCCAUCCCCGAUAUGGUAAAGAAGUCAGCUGAGGACUUUGUCAUUGUUGGAUGUGGGGGCCACCUUGUCACACCUUCUGCCAUGUAUGACUUUGCUGCAUCAGUUUACGGCUAUAAAGUAAUAAUUCCUGUUCUCGUUGUACCAGGACAAACUGAUGAGAUGAUUCUAGGUAGCAAUGCCAUCAAGUGGCUCAUACCCCGGAUGGAAGAAACUGUUACUGGCCAAAACAUCACAUCUCCGGAGAACAAUGCUCGAGAUGAUAUGCUGCCCCAUUUGACAUCCCUGCUGUCUUACUCGGAUGGAUGGAAAGGUGAAGCUGUGCCAAACAGGAUAGGCACGGCCAAACUCAAAAGAUGUGUCACUCUAAAGCCGAUGUCUGAACAUCUUGUGUGGGCUAAACUUCCUGCAUCUGACAUCUCUGCGGUGGGAAGGGCGGUUGUCAUAGAACCCACCCAGUCAAAAGCCAGGCCUGCACAGAUUUUAGUGGGAAGAGUUGUUACCUCCUUAUGGGGAGAUGGCUGGGUUCCAGUCAAGAUAUUAAAUCCCACAGAGAAGCACCUCACCAUUAAAAGAAAUGCAAAAGUUGCAGAUGUGUCCCCCUGUCUCUCUGUACAGGACCUACCUGAACCAGAUCGCGUCCAAUCCAAUGUGCAAUGCAUACAGAGCUCACCACCUGCACCAAGGUCAGAAGAGGAGAUAUCACGCAUCCUGAGUGGCAUGGGGCUGCAGGAUGUGGACCUUUCGUCUUGUGAAGUUUCCCUCAAGUGGAAGGAUAAGCUCCUGCAGCUCAUUGAGCAGUAUGAAUCCAGCUUUUCAAGGCAUAAGAUGGACUGUAGUGAGGCGGCAGAUUUUGUCCACAGAAUCCGUUUGGUGGAUGACAAGCCCUUCAGAUUCCCAUACAGGAGAGUCCCACCGUGCCAUUAUGACAAGCUUCGGACUGCUCUUAAUGAGAUGGAGGAGUUGGGGAUAAUACGUAAGUCUCAGAGCGAGCAUUCUUCUCCUCUCGUCCUGGUUGCCAAGCCGUCUGGCGAUCUCCGCAUAUGCAAUGACUUCAGGUGGUUGAAUGCAAGAACAGUGAAAGAUGCACACCCAUUACCUCAUCAGACGGACUCCCUUGCUGCACUUGGUGGCAAUGUGUUCUUCUCCACAAUGGACCUCACAUCAGGCUUCUACAAUGUCAGGCUGCAUGAGGACGACAAGAAAUACACAGCGUUUUCUUCCCCAUUUGGUCUCCAUGAAUAUAACAGGAUGCCCCAAGGCCUCACAAACAGUCCUGCCACCUUUAUGAGAAUGAUGAUGUCAAUCUUUGGCGAUGAGAACUUUACAAGCCUGUUAUGCUACCUGGAUGAUCUUAUGGUCUUUGCUCCAUCUGAACAGGUUGCUCUGGAGCGCCUGCAAAUGGUGUUCUCACGCCUGGCUGCAAACAACUUGAAGCUCUCGCCUAAAAAGUGCCAUUUUCUUCGCCGAUCUGUCAAGUUUUUGGGACACAUCAUAAGUGGAGAUGGUGUUCGGACAGAUCCCAGUAAGGUACAGGCUAUAAAUGAUGUGCAGGAAGCUGACCUGAUGGAAGCUGAUGAGAAAACACCUUGUGCGAAGAAGAUCCGAUCUUUCUUGGGAAUGGUUCUCUACUACCAUCAUUUUAUUGAGGGAUGUUCAGCUAAAGCUAAGCCGCUGUUCAACCUUGUGGCUGAACCUGCGACACCACACAAAAGAGGGAGAUGUCAUAAACCAAAAUUCAAAAAAGGCAGAGUUAAACUGUCCCCAACGGACUGGACUGAUGAGUGUAGGGAAGCAUUCAGAAUUCUGAAACACGAGCUUGUGCACAGUGUUGCGUUGGCCCAUCCAGAUUUUGGUGCACCAUUCAUCCUCGCUAUUGACGCCUCCUUUGAUGGCCUAGGAGCUGUACUCUCCCAGUUGCCUCCUGAUGGAGAAGUUGCCAGACCUGUGGCGUUUGCAAGCAAGACACUGUCAUAUUCCCAGCUGAACUAUCCAGCACAUCUGCUGGAAUUUCUUGCUCUUAAAUGGGCAGUUUGCGACAAAUUUAGCCACUGGCUGAAAGGGCGGUGUUUUACUGUCUGGACAGAUAAUAAUCCAUUAACCUACAUCUUGACUAAGCCUAGGUUAGAUGCAUGUGAACAAAGAUGGGUUUCCAAACUUGCAGCAUACAAUUUUGACCUGAACUAUGUCCCUGGUACAAAGAAUGUGGUUGCCGAUGCACUGAGUAGGGAGCCCUUUGUCCGGUCAUGCAUAAGCCACCGUCUUGUAACCGAACCGUAUGCAUUGUUAUUGAACCAUGUGAAUGGAAUGUUGGAUAGGACAGUACAAGAUGCAUUCAGAUGUACUACUAACUGUCAGUUGGUUGUUGACCACUCCGAGGAGCAAGUGGCGGUCACUACACCUUCUCCGCAGGGGUCCCUUUCUUCACGUGAUGUCUCAGCUGUGUUGGAUGCACACGACUCUGGAGGUGUCAGUCAAAUGAGAGGCACUGAACCGGCUAUUCUUCAGCUUGCCGAUGUUGAUCAGAUUGAUUCUUUACCGAAGAGUGAACUGGUCAAUCUGCAAGAGCAAGAUGAUGUCUUGAGCAGGGUUUUCUUUUACGUUCAGCGUCACAGGAGGCCCUCUAGGCGUGAACGUGCUGGUGAGUCUCGGGCGGUAAUGAAACUGUUGAGACAAUGGUCUAAGCUUUCCAUAAAGAAUGGCAUGUUGUAUAAGGUAAAGAAAGACAGACAAAUGAACAUGACAAUUCACCAGAUUGUUGUUCCAGACUCCCUGAAACUCCAAGUCCUCCGUGGCCUCCACGACUCAUCAGGUCAUCAAGGGCAGGCGCGCACGCUCUCUCUCACCAGGCAGAGGUUCUUUUGGAUAGGGAUGGAACGUGACAUCAUCAACCAUGUGCGAAACUGCUUUCGCUGUAUGGUUGGAAAGACCCCGGAGCCUAACAUCCGUGUUCCACUUGAAAGCAUUAUCACCUCGGAACCAAUGGAACUAGUAUGUAUUGACUUUUGGACAGCUGAGCAGACUGACAAAAAGAGUGUGGAUGUUUUGGUUGUCACAGAUCACUUCUCCAAACUGUCGCAUGCAUUUCCUUGCAAAAAUCAAUCAGCAAAGCAAGUUGCCCGUCGUCUCUGGGAUGACUUUUUCUGCAUCUAUGGUUUCCCUAAACGCAUCCAUUCAGAUCAAGGGGCUAAUUUUGAGAGUCACCUCAUCAAAGAGCUGAUGGAGAUGGCUGGCAUUCAAAAAUCACAUACCACCCCGUACCAUCCCAUGGGGAAUGGAGUUGUCGAGCGAUACAACAGGACCCUUGGGAACAUGAUAAGAGCUCUGCCACCUCAGUCCAAAGCCAAGUGGCCUCAAAUGCUUCAGAUGUUGACAUUCUGCUACAACUGCACCGAGCAUGAGACAACGGGUUUUGCGCCUUUCUUUCUAAUGUUUGGGAGAAUUCCACGUCUGCCUGUCGAUGUUAUGUUCCAGCAUGCUCUCCCUAACGGGGCUGUUGUUGGCCACAAUGAGUUUGUUGCUCGCUUGAAGCGGGACCUGUCUGAAGCUGCACGCAUUGCCCGGCUGAACAGUCGGACAGAACAGGCUCGUCAGGCAAAGAACUACAACCGCAAGGCAAAAGGGUCACCGCUCACUAUAGGUGACAGAGUGCUGCUUGCAAAUCGCGGUGAGAGAGGCAAGAAGAAAAUUGCAGACAAAUGGGAGUCUACAGUCUAUGAAGUGACGUCUGGGAGGCCUGAAAUCAAUGUGUACAGCAUCAGAGAUCCUGUGACAGCAAAGGAAAAAGUUGUUCAUAGAAACCUCCUUCUGCCUGUUAGUUUUCUCCCUGUGGGAGAUGACGACGCCUUGGAGUCAUGCUGCCCUUCAGUGGCUGGAGGUGGACAAUGUGCCCCAGUGGUCCCUGAUGAUGUACAGGACAGUGUGACGAAGACAAUUGACUGGCUCCAGCAAAUGGAUGAGGAGAGUGAUGAGGACACUACAGCCAGCCAAACGGAUGUUGUGAGUGCUUCACCCUCGGAGACUGGAGUGAGUAUUGCCCCACGCGCUGUGUGUGAGGUUUUGGAUACCUCGGAUCCUCCGCUACAAGCUCUACAGUUGCCUUCCCCUGAAACUUCUAGUGGAUGUGUGGUGUCUCAGGAUGCCUCCUGCCAGCCCUCUGCGGUGGAAGCUCCUAAUUUGGUCUCCCCUGACCGGGCGAAUGAGACACUGUUAGA